AUGUGUCUUCGAGCCCUUUUCUCGCUGUCUGUUUUGUUAUCCAUGGUUUCGGCCGAAGAAAUUUUGAAUAAGCCUGAAUGCGAGAGAUGUAUAUCCGAUCGCGAUCAAUUCAACAACCACCCGGAAGACUUCCGUGCUGAUCUUUUACACAUGUACACUGAAAACGUGGAGCAGGUGAGAGCUUUCGUUAAUCAUGAUUUUCUUUGUUUUAGCUCAUAAAGGAGUGCCUGGAUGAUGAAGCGUGUAGUGACAAGAAGUACAUGAGUAUGCGAAAGAAGAGCAGGUUUUAUCGAGAUGCAAUUCGGAAGGGAUUCCGGAUCAAUGCGACUUGGGAAUGCGAGCUUGAUGGCCUAUGUUAA